AUGGAAGUUGAUGCUCUAGUCCAAGCAAUUGACUUGCUUCAAGAUCAAGGAAUCAAUGCUAGCGAUAUCACCAAAUUGAAAAGUGCAGGAGUUUGUUCAAUUGCAGUAUGUGUAUAGAUUUUUUUUUUGGGUCAGUUUUUGCAACAAAAAUUUGAUAAUGUUACUAACAGCAGGCGUUUUUUUUUUUGGUCAACAGUCAGUGUUGGCAACCACGAGAAGGAACCUUGCAAAGAUCAAGGGACUCAGCGAAGUAAAAGUUGAAAAGAUCAAAGAGGCCGCUGGUAAAAUCAAGGUAUGUCUUUUUUUUUUUUUUUCAAUUUUGCAGAAGGUCCGCCAGAAUACUAAACUAUGAAAGACAAUCGGGUUUAUCCCAGCUACAAUCCUCGCGGAGCAAAGACAAAAGGUGUUUUCCAUCACCACUGGGUCUAAGCAGUUUGACGAGAUCCUAGGUGGAGGAAUCACCUCGAUGAGCAUCACUGAGGUGUUUGGUGAGUUCAGGUGUGGUAAAACUCAACUAUGCCACACUUUAUGUGUAGCUGCGCAACUCCCCAAGACUGCCGGUGGUGGUGAAGGGCGAGUGGCGUUCAUUGAUACCGAGGGAACGUUUCGACCAGAGAGGAUCACCGCGAUUGCUGAGCGAUUUGGAGUUGAGCCCGCGGCGUGUCUUGAGAACAUUUCAUACGCGAGAGCAUUGAAUAGUGAACACCAGGUCGAGUUAGUGGAGCAAUUGGGUAAUGAAUUGGCCCUGGGAACCUACAGUUUGCUCGUCGUGGACUCGAUCUUGGCUUGCUUUAGAGUCGAUUACUCAGGUAGAGGCGAGUUGAACGAAAGACAGCAGAAACUAAACCAACACUUGACGCAUUUGACUCGUAUUGCUGAAGAUUACAAUGUUGCUGUCUUUUUAACAAACCAAGUCCAAAGCGAUCCAGGCGCGAGCAGUUUAUUUGCUGCUGCCGAUGGCAGGAAACCCGUUGGCGGUCAUGUGUUGGCCCACGCCUCAGCAACCAGAAUCUUGUUGAGAAAAGGCCGCGGUGAAGAAAGAGUUGGCAAAUUGCAAGAUAGCCCCAAUAUGCCUGAAAAAGAAUGUGUCUACGUGAUAAGCGAAGGUGGAAUCAAAGAUAGUGAGUAA